GUCAGUGGAGAAAAUUAUGAACUACCAGUUUUUAACCUUGAAAUACUAACUAAAUAGAUUAAAGGAUAACUCAGUAUAGCUCUGCAGGGUACAUUAAUGUAGCACCCGGAGCCCCAAUAGAAAACCGCCAAAAAUAUAAACGCUGUACUAAUUCCUACUCGAGUAUGGAUCGGGGCGUGGCAGGAGGAGCCGCUUCCGCAGUCGGAGAUCUGGACCGCGCUCAACAUCCGCAGAUCAUCAGUUGUCGUUUUAGCCCAACCGGGUCAUCAUUAUUGGCCACCACCCCGACGGGAUUCAUUAUCUACAAUAUUGACAAGGAUGGAAUCGCCACUUUGCACCAUGAGUACGAUGUGGGAACGCCGAUCCGAUUUGCCGAACGUCUCUACGCCACCAACCUCGUCGCGUAUGCCACCGUGAAAAAUCCCGAUGUGUUUGUGGUAUUCCAUUGCAAAAAGCGGAAGAUUAUCUGCGACUUCCGCUACCCCAGCGAUAUCAAUAUUAUCCGUUUCAACCGGCAGCGAGUUGUUAUUGCCAUAAAAGACGUGAUUUACAUCCACAAUGUCCGCAACAUGCAGAUCGUCCACUUGAUUAAAGAUGCACCGGAGAAUCCCCGCAACCUAAUGGAAUUAGCUGUCUCGGAAAACUGCGGCUACCUGGCAUUUCCCGGCAAAAUCGACAACGGCUCCCUACGCAUCUUCGACGUCUUCCAGCUGCAGGACGUGACCUCCAUCCAGGCCAGCACCACGCCGCUGACCAGCAUCCGCUUCGAUCCCACCGGCGCCCGCAUCGCCACCGCCUCCAUCAAAGGCACCUGCAUCCGCGUGUACGACAGCCAGGCCGGGAAUAAACUGUAUGAAUUCCGCCGCGGGAUGCGGGAAGUGCGCAUCGUCUCGUUGUCCUUCAGUUUAGACAGCCGUUUUCUCAGCGCCACCAGUGGAUCGGAAACGGUGCAUAUUUUUAAACUGGCCGACCAUGAUGCGGCCGCAUCCGAAGGCGGGGGAUUUUUUGCCGCGGUGCGGGAGACGCUGGCGAGUGCCGCCGGGGGAUUGUUGAGUUUAGAAGAACGGGCGGUGACCACCAUACAGAAUCCGCUGCACGGACACAAUGCGCAGGGAUUUCUGGGGUCACUGGCACCGGGAUGCACGCAUUUUCUGUUGAUGACGCCGACUGGACUGAUGCAUGUGUAUGUUCUGCUGGAAAACACGGAGAGUGGUGCGACUGUGCUGUUGAAGCCCAUUAAGCAGCAGAAUUUGCGGGAAGUCAGGAAAGUUAACGGGAAGCCUUCCAUUCUUAGCCAGGAUUCGUCGGUGAUUAUGACCGGCGAACAUUCGGGAUGCGAGAAUGAAAAGGCGGAGAAAUCGCUGAACGCUUCUGUACGUAGUGUUAGUGAAGCGAGGUGAUGCGAUUAUUCUAGCAUGGGUUAAAACAACGAAAUUAAAAGGCUAGAAAAUGUGUAAACUAAACGGGUUCUCAACCCCAAUCAAAAGAGUAUGAAAUGCAGGAACUAAA